ACAGUGCACGAUAUGUGAUAAGCAUGUUCCAAGCAACGUAAAACUUCCCGAUCGGCAGGAAAACUAGCCUACGAAAUGGCAUUAAAACUAGUCACGGACGCCCCCACAGUGUGGAAUUAUCUCAACGGAUUGGUUAACCUGUACAAACCCUCCGGAGUUACGGUGCAGCAAGUUCGCAAUGCUAUCAUUCACAACCUUUGCCGAGACCUCAAUCAGCUGGAAGUACGUCCAUCGCUUCAACGGGUAGUAAUCGAGGAUAGGCCACAGUCAAAGCUUAUCGUACGAAAAGUGGAGGAUUUAUCUGACAAUGUGCUCGUCAGUGGGCCACGUUAUCAACCGGAUGAUGUAAAAUGUCGCUUUUGUGCAAACCAUGGACGGUUUACGAGUGGUGUUACGGUUCUCGGCAUCAACAAUGGGACCAAUCUCGCCUACCGCAUGCAGCAAAACCGGCCCUUGAGGGUGUACAGAGUAACGGGAUUCCUGGGAAAAGCCACCGAAACCCAUUUCGCGGAAUCCAGAGUGACCGCCCGUGCCACAAUUAAUCACAUCGGAUCGGAAAAGAUCGGCAAACUGUUGGCAUCGAUACAGGCCUCACACCAGCGAAAAAUGUUCGAACUAAGUGGAAUCGAUAUACAAUCGCAGGCGGCAUACGAACUGGCCUGUGGGGGUACCAUACGCCCUACGGACAAUCGGCAACCGAUGAUCUACGGCAUACGGCUAGCGGAAUAUCGCAAACCAUUCUUCACGAUUGAAGUACAUGCGAUAAACGAAACGGAAGCAUAUCUAGGGGAGCUAAUUCAUGAAAUAGGCAUCAACCUGAAGUCGUGUGCUCACUGUACCGGAAUCAGAUGCAUACGACACGGGCAUUUCUUGCUAGAAGAUUCACUGCUGAAAAAGGACUGGAACCUUCAGAACGUCAUCAGUGCAAUGGCACAUUCGAACAAACUUAUCCGUCAACACCCGGACAUGAUGCACCAAACCAAUCCCGCCCUACAAGGUUUCGACGAAGGAGACUGAACCAGAAACCAGACAGUUUCCCUUAGUUUUCUACUAGCCAGCGUGGGAUGACACAGUUGUAAAUUUGGAAAGUUGUUGAGUUACAACGCAUGUACACGGUUUCUCACACCAAAUAGGUCAGCUAGUAUGACGUCCUUUGUUGUCUCGCUGGGACGCCUUGAGAUUCUUGAAUAUAGUAACGUACACAAAA